GCUCUGUGGUCCGCCGGUUGCGGUAGUUAGGAAGUCGAGAUGGAGCCACCCGAGGUCUAAACCUGUAGCCAACCGUGGGCCGAGGGGGCCGGCCGGGGCCGGGCCGAUGAGGCCCGGAGGAGCGGAGAGGGCGGAGCAGCUUCGAGGCUAGCGCGGGCGCUCCCUGGCCGGGAGCUCCUGUCGCGCCAGCGUCGCCCCGCCUCCAGGACCGGACCCGCUCCCGCCCCCCUGGCCUCUGUCCGGCUGCCCCGCCACCCCGCAUCCGGGCUUGGACACCUCUGUGGAGCAGCUGUGCGGCCGCGACGGGACAACCUUUUCCUCGUCGCCUGCUGGCUCCGCCCGCGUCGUCGCGUCGCUCUCCUGGACUGCUGGAACGCUGACGUGGAGCAGCUCGGUCACAGCCCCCAUGGAGAAGUUUGGGAUGAAUUUUGGGGGCGGCCCGAGCAAGAAGGACCUGCUGGAAACCAUCGAGUCUCAGAAGAAGCAGCUCCUCCAGUACCAGGCCAGGCUCAAGGACGUGGUCCGCGCCUACAAAAGCUUGCUGAAGGAGAAGGAGGCGCUGGAGGCCAGCAUCAAGGUGCUGUCGGUAUCCCACGAGGCGGAUGUGGGCCUCGCAGGUGUCCAGCCUGCAGGCCUCACCUUCUCUGACUCUGUGGAUGACCGGUGCUCCACUCACAGCGAGGAUAGCACCGGCACCGCCACUAGCUUGGACACUGCGGCCAGUCUCAGCAGCAUCAAGGGUGAGUUUGGGGUAGAAGAUGACAGACCGGCCCGUGGACCACCACCUGCGAAGUCGGAAGAGGCUAGUGGGUCGGAGAGCGGCGUUAGCAGCAGCAGUGGGGAUGGGCCGUUUGCAGGUGGGGAGGUGGACAAGAGGUUGCACCAGCUGAAGACUCAGCUGGCUACUUUGACCAGCUCUUUGGCUACAGUCACCCAGGAGAAGUCCCGCAUGGAGGCUUCUUACCUGGCCGACAAGAAGAAGAUGAAACAGGACCUAGAGGACGCCAAUAAGAAGGCGGAAGAGGAGAGGGGCCGCCUGGAGGGAGAAUUGAAAGGGCUGCAGGAGCAGAUAGCCGAAACCAAAGCCCGGCUUAUCACGCAGCAGCAUGAUAGGGCCCAGGAGCAGAGUGACCAUGCCCUGAUGCUCCGGGAGCUCCAGAAACUGCUGCAGGAGGAGAGGACCCAGCGUCAGGACCUGGAGCUUCGGCUGGAAGAGACGCGGGAAGCCCUGGCCGGGCGGGCCUAUGCAGCUGAGCAGAUGGAAGGCUUCGAACUGCAGACCAGGCAGCUGAGCCGGCAGGUGGAGGAGCUGAAAGGUGAACUGCAGGCCAUCCGAGAGGAGAAGAAUCGACCGGACCCCCGGCUCCAAGAGCUUCAGGAAGAGGCCGCUCGCCUCAAGAGCCAUUUCCAGGCUCAGCUGCAGCAGGAAAUGAGAAAGACAGCCCUCGCGGAAGAUCAGCUGCGCCAGCAGUCUCAGGUGGAGGAGCAGAGGGUGGCGUCCCUGGAGAACCAGAUAUCCGAGGUGUCUGAGCUGCUGGGCACGUACGAGAAGGCGAAGCAGAAGGACCAGCUGGCCAUCCAGAAGCUGAAGGAGCGCGUUCUGCAGCUGGACCUGGAGAACAAGACCCUGGCCCUGGCAGCCUCCAGCCGGUCCCCUCUAGACAGCCACGGGGAGGAGUCCAGCCUGGACGUCAACGUCCUUAGGGAUAAGAUGGAGAAGCUGAAGAGGCUGCUGCAGGUGGCCGCCAGGAAGAGCCAGGUGACCCUGGAUGUGGAGAAGCUCUGUGACCUGGACACGGUGGGCAGCUCGGACGCCACUGACGGGGAGAAGGCUUCUGCGCUGUACUACCAGCAGGAGCUGAAGCAGCUGAAGGAAGAAUUCGAACGGUACAAGAUGAGGGCCCAGGUUGUCCUCAAGAGCAAGAACGCCAAAGAUGGCAACGUGGCGAAGGAGCUGGAGGCCGCCCAGGAGCAGCUUGCCGAGCUGAAGGAGAAGUACAUCUCCCUGCGGCUGUCGUGUGAGGAGCUGGAGCGGCAGCACCAGGGCGAGGCAGAGGCCUGGAAGCAGGAGCUGGCCCGGCUGCAGCAGCUGCACCGGCACGAGCUGGAGCGCAGCCAGCUGGACUUCAGGGACCGCACGCUGAAACUGGAGGAGGAGCUGCACAAGCAGCGGGACCGGGCCCUGGCCGUGCUGGCCGAGAAGGACCUGGAGCUGGAGCAGCUGCGCGCCGUGGCCUUGUCUUCUGGGCUGCCAGGGCGCAGAAGCCCGGUGGGGGCCGGGGCUCCUGGGGACCCGGCCGACCCGUCUGCCCCAGAUAGCCUGACCCAAGCACUGCAGCUUGCUGCGGGCAACGAGCCCACGUUCUUCCUGUACGCUGAGCAGUUGGCCCGCAAGGAGGUGGAGAUCACGUCGCUGAAGAAGCAGAAACACAGGCUGGAGGUGGAGGUGCAUCAGCUGCAGGACCGGCUGCUGGAAGAGGGGGAGCGACACCGCGAGGAGGUGGGCGCCCUGCAGAGCCGCAUUGAGAAGAACACCAGGGACCAGAGCAGGGAGGGCGCCAACCUGGAGUACCUCAAAAACAUCAUCUACCGCUUCCUGACCUUGCCCGACAGCCUGGGCCGCCAGCAGACGCUCACGGCCAUCCUGACUAUCUUGCACUUCAGUCCAGAGGAGAAACAAGCCAUAAUGCGGCUCCCAGCCAGCGGUAGCUGGUGGCCCUCUGGCAAGAGAUGACACCGUUUUCACUAACUCUUGACAUUUCUGUGCCUCUCUCAUGCGGGAAGGGGCAGGCUCUGGUUUCUACUGCUUCUUCCCUUCCAUUCUCAUCCGUGUCUUCACUGUGUUGAACUGGGAGGACUCUUCAGUGUGGAACGGGAUCUUCUGCCAAAUGCCAUUAAUGCUGCUUUGCCCCGGGGCCCUAGAGAUCCUGGAGAGGUUGAGCUUCUGUUGGUGUGUAUCUGAGGGGAGGAGGGAGGUAAGGUUAGGACUAAGAGAUGCAAGAGUCAGGGAAGGGUGCGAAUCUUUAAAAUAAGAUGUUUUUAAAAAUACUAUGCUCCUAGUUGAGAGCUAGGAGUGAAUGUGACUCCAAAGGGAGAUCAGUUAAUUUCUAAACAUGCACAGUGACUGUUUACUCAAGUCAUCACAUUCUGAAUGUGGUCCACUGCUGCCCCAAUUCUCUGGGGACCUAAAGCCGGUGUGGAAAGGGACCAGGAGUUUGGAAAUGGUGACAGAUUGUCUUCUAGUCCAAAGGGUCAAUAGUGAUUUCAUCUUGGAACUAGGAAGCUUGGUUUAGUAAGGGCCUGGGCACUGCCUUGGCAGUCUAUGUAAAGUGACCUGCUUUUGGCCAGGGGAGGGUUAAAAUAGAUCUCUUGCUUGACCUGAGGCUGUGAGUGAAUGACUUCACUGUCUUCUCAAUGUUGAACUUUCUUUAAGAUAUAAAAUCCUAGCUUCUCAAUGGGGAGGGCAUCCAAGUGGUACGCUUUGGUCCUGCCUGGAUGCCAGGAAUUCACCCUGGGGUUUGCUCCCAGCUGUUUCUGCCUCUGUGGGGAGAGGGAAAAGGAGGAGGGUUUGCCAUAGAAGAUUCUGGAAGACUUCGGAGACCCUAGGAGGAGGUGGUCGAAGUCCAGCUGAAGCUGGGCUGGGGUCCUUUCUGGCAUGAGAGUCAUGUAGUGCUGGUUAUAAAUAGAUUAAUCCUGCUCUCUAAGGAAAGGCGACUUGUUAUUUAGGCAGUCUAGAAAGGAGGUGCUCAGAAAACUCAAUCCUCCCAUUAUUUCCUUUUCUCCCAUUUGCUCUUGCUGGUUAAAAAGGUCUUAGCACCCUGAAGAUUAAUACUUGGCCAAUAACUGAACUAAUAACGUCUCUUUCGCCGUGGUGGUCUGUUUUGUGGGGUUUUGGGUUGUAGAAGGCUUGGGUUGAAUGUUUUGAAUGGAAGGCUAGGUGACCUGGAUUGUCUACAAUAAGCAGGCUUUAUGGAACAAAGGUGAUAUGUUCAAAUCAUAAUAACAAACCAUGGGAUCAUUAAACCUGAGUGACUACGCU